AUGGGUACCCUGCGCGAUCUGCAGUACGCGCUCCAGGAGAAGAUCGAGGAGCUGCGGCAGCGUGACGCGUUGAUCGACGAGCUGGAGCUGGAGCUCGAUCAGAAGGACGAACUGAUCCAGAAACUACAGAACGAGCUGGAUAAGUACCGCUCUGUCAUCAAGCCGGCCACGCAGCAGGUCCACAAGCAGAGCGAACUGCACUCGGAGCACCAGCGCACCAAGAGGCAGGCCAUCUCGGCCGAGCCCACCGCCUUCGACAUCCACGAUCUCAGCCACGUCACGCUGCCUUUCUACCCCAAAAGCCCACAGUCUAAGGAUCUCAUCAAAGAGGCCAUCCUAGACAAUGACUUCAUGAAGAACCUGGAGCUAUCGCAGAUCCAAGAGAUUGUGGACUGCAUGUAUCCCGUGGAAUAUGGAAAGGACAGCUGUAUCAUCAAAGAGGGCGAUGUGGGAUCGCUGGUCUACGUCAUGGAAGACGGGAAGGUGGAGGUGACCAAAGAGAGCCUGAAGCUGUGUACUAUGGGACCCGGGAAGGUGUUCGGAGAGCUGGCUAUUCUCUACAACUGCACCAGGACCGCCACUGUCAAAACGCUGACAAACGUGAAGCUGUGGGCGAUCGAUCGGCAAUGUUUCCAGACCAUCAUGAUGCGGACGGGUCUCAUCAAGCACACCGAGUAUAUGGAGUUUUUGAAAAGCGUGCCCACCUUCCACAGCCUGCAGGAGGACAUUCUCAGCAAGCUUGCCGACGUCCUUGAGGAGACCCAUUACGAAGAUGGCGAGUACAUCAUCAGACAAGGCGCCAGAGGAGACACCUUCUUUAUCAUCAGCAAAGGAAAGGUGAACGUGACCCGAGAGGACUCGCCUAACGGAGAAGCCGUCUACCUGCGCAGCCUGGGCAAAGGAGACUGGUUUGGAGAAAAGGCACUGCAAGGGGAAGACAUCAGGACUGCCAAUGUUAUUGCAGCAGAGGCGGUCACCUGCCUAGUUAUUGAUCGAGAUUCAUUUAAGCACCUGAUUGGAGGCUUAGAGGACGUUUCCAGCAAAGGCCACGAGGACGUUGACGCCAAAGCCAAGUAUGAAGCAGAGAACGCGUUUUUCUUCAAUCUUAACCUAGCCGAUUUCAACAUCAUCGACACUCUGGGGGUCGGCGGCUUUGGUCGUGUGGAGCUGGUUCAGCUCAAGAGUGACGAGAACAAAACCUUUGCCAUGAAAAUCCUUAAAAAGCGGCACAUCGUUGACACCAGGCAACAGGAGCACAUUCGCUCCGAGAAACUCAUUAUGCAGGAGGCCCACUCCGAUUUCAUUGUUAGAAACAUGAUCAUUUGUUCAAUUAUUCAAAUGUUUGCUUGCCACCAUCAUAUUGGCAAAGCGCUUCUACUUUGCAUUUACAGACUCUAUAGAACGUUUAAGGACAGCAAGUACCUCUACAUGCUGAUGGAAGCCUGCUUAGGAGGAGAACUGUGGACCAUUCUUCGGGACCGUGGUUCAUUCGAGGACUCGACCACCAGGUUUUACACUGGCUGCGUGGUGGAGGCCUUCGCGUAUCUCCAUUCCAAAGGCAUCAUAUACAGAGACCUCAAACCAGAGAACCUUAUACUGGACCACAGGGGCUAUGCCAAACUGGUGGACUUUGGUUUCGCCAAAAAGAUCGGUUUCGGGAAGAAAACGUGGACUUUCUGCGGGACGCCUGAGUAUGUGGCGCCUGAGAUCAUCCUGAACAAAGGCCACGACAUCUCCGCUGAUUACUGGUCGCUGGGGAUCCUUAUGUUUGAGCUCCUGACUGGCAGCCCUCCAUUCUCUGGUCCCGAUCCAAUGAAGACGUACAACAUCAUCCUGAGAGGCAUCGACAUGAUCGAAUUCCCAAAGAAAAUUACCAAAAAUGCUGCCAACUUAAUCAAAAAGCUAUGCAGGGAUAAUCCUUCGGAACGACUGGGAAACUUGAAAAAUGGUGUCAAAGACAUCCAAAAGCACAAAUGGUUUGAGGGCUUUAACUGGGAAGGCUUGAAGAAGGGAACUCUGACACCACCUAUCAUCCCCAACGUCACCUCAGCGGUCGACACGAGUAACUUCGACAGCUUCCCGGAGGACAACGAAGACCCGCCGCCGGACGACAACUCGGGCUGGGAUGUCGAUUUUUGA